AUGAGCUCGACAGACUUGCCGUCCCUCGGUCUUCGGAGGGGGGACACCGGGGAUGCGAUGAAGACUGAGGGAUUUAUCAAACCAGCACUUUUUAAAUUGGUCAUUGAGAUUCGCAAACCUCAUUCUUACACCGCCAGGAUGCAUUUCUACAAAUCAAUCGUAUUAUUCCUACUUACGGCAAUGGUUGAAAACAUUGUGGCAUCAGGCCCGCCACCUCCACCAUCGAGUUCGGGCAACGGGGUCCAACCGCGCACUGAUCAGGUGUGUCAAAAGGUGGGUGGGGCCCAAUAUUGUAUGACAGGUGUAGAGCAGGGCCGCGACAAGACACAGUUGAUUGAAGAGCCAGACAGGUGA